GUGGGAGGAGGGUAGCGUUGAAAUUCCAAGCUCUUUAAUUUAACCAGGGCCUUACUUUGUUCACCGCGUGUUGCUGGGGUGCGCGUGGUCGUAAUCUGGCAGGCUGCCGCGGUAAUUACCGUGGGUGCGCAUCAACCACACGAGACACUGCGUGCCGUCUCCUUCACAGCGGCGGACGUUUCGGAACGCCGCGAUGCCGUUCGAGACGAAGUCUGACAUCGUUCACGGCCGUCGCGGUCAACAUGAAAUAUUGCUCCGCGGAUGACUCGGUUGGGACGGCGGCGGCGGCAGCAGCAGCAGCAUCGCCCUUGCUGCUGCUGCUGGCGGAGGACUCCCGUGUGUGGAAGGGCGGUCGCCGUCGACCUGCGGUCCGAUACGAAAUGUAACCAAAUUAUUAAUUUGACAAAUUCAAUCCGUUUUUUUUACCGGUUGUAGGGUUGUAUUAACGCCCAUUUCUUAUGUCCCCCGAUCCGCCACUGUUUUGGCGGCUCCUGCGUGAAACCCAAGGCCGAUCGGGGGAACAAUGAUUCCCUCACAAGCCUCGUGUUCCCUCCGGUCACGUUGCAUGGGGGGCGGGGUGGGGAGAAGUUUAUUAAAAUCGUCAUGGCUGGCAGCCUCAAGCCCAGCGGUGAACAAUCCAUAUUUUUAUGGCGCACGCCGCUGUGAAAUAACUGCAAGGUGGUACGCGUUCCAUCCACCCUCAGGAGAGAUGAUUGGCUACGCCAGCUCGUGACCGGGAUUGUAACUUGUCAGUUGACACUCGCGAAUGAUGAAUCAUCUUGGUCUCUUUUUGUGAGUUCUCACUUGGUUACAAAAAAAGACGAAAUUCCUGAUUCAUUGAUCUGUGGGGGGGGGCGGGGGGUGUGUGAGAAAAAUCUUGGUCCUGGUGCUAAGACCGUGGAAGAGUAGGCCAAAGCACCUUUCAGAGCUCCGCUCAGUGGGAGGCCCCUUCCGUCAGCGGCGGCGUGAGCGAGCCAUUGCAGGGCUGCGCCUCUGCCUCUUCAAGACGUGGCCCACACGCUUUUGAAAACACCGACUUGUGUCACACGCUUGGCCUCGCUCCACGGUUUAGGUCCCCACCAGGUGGAGUUGCCUCUGUCUGCGCUGACGUCACCGGCGGCGAUAUCAGCCGUGGGGCCUCAGGGCUGCAGCCGCCCGGCCGGCGAACGGCGGCGUGAGCGAGCCAUUGCAGUGGCUCACACGCUUUUGAAAACACCGACUCGUGUCACACGCUUGGCCUCGCUCCACGGUUUAGGUCCCCCCCCCACCCCACCAGGUGCAGUUGCCUCUGUCUGCGCUGACGUCACCGGCGGCGAUAUCAGCCGUGGGGCCUCAGGGCUGCAGCCGGCGAACGGCGAUCAAUCGCGGGCAACAACGAGCAACCGGUUGACCCCCCCGACCCCUAGCGACAUUUCUGUCCGUUCAUUGUGGUGCGCGGGAGUGAGGCUUAAAGCCGCGGCACGUUGUUUGUUUGUUGUUGUUUCGGUGCGAGGCGGCGCCGCCGGUGGUGAGGCCGGCGCCUGGUGAUCCGGGCCGAGUUAAUUGGCGUCACGUGACCAAUUAGCGCGCCGCCUCCGUCGUCGCGGGCGAGGCCUCAUCGCGGUUCGGGAAACAACAACAUCAAUAACAUCGUCAGCAACGUGACGGGGUUUUAAUUGCUGACGUGAUCACGUGGACACGGACGCGACCAUCGCUCGCAUCGCCACCAUCAACCCCCCCCAUCACCGCGAGCAUCACGAACAUCACCGUCAUCAUCGUCGCUCCGGUUACCACCACCAACAACCACCAUCAACCAAGCCACACGAAAAAAGGAGUCCAACCCAUUACCAAAACCAACUUCGCCGCCGCCACCACCACCACCAUCAUCACCACCAUUAUUAUCAUCACCAUUAUCAUUACCACCAGUAUCACCAUAUCAUCAUCACCAUCAUCACCACUACCAUCGCUACCACCACCAUCACCCCCCAUCAGCUGCGAUGGGGCGCGCCGACGGCGGCGUGUGCUCGCGCGCCUACUUCGUGGCGGUGAUGGUGUUCGCCCACGUCUACAUCCUCAACAUCAUCGUGCUGCUCAUGUACGUCCACUACAGCGGGGGGCCGCGCGGGGACCCCACCGAGCCCCACGCCGAGGGGGCCGCGCCGCCGCCCCCCGCCACGGGACGACGGAGCGCCGGGGGCCACCAAGGGGAUGAGCAUAGGGGGCCCCGGUUGCCUCCCUUCCAGCUGCCGCGCAUGGAGGGGAUUAAGGUAGGUCACGUGCGCGCAAGUCACCUCGUGCCCGGGGUGCUGAGUCAUGUGACCACGCUGAGCCUCAAGCCUCUGCUGUUUGAAGUGUCGGCCAUGCUCUCCCUUGCCGAGUGCCGGGAGCUGGAGGAGCUGGCUCGGCGCGCCGGGCUGCACGAGGUGCGAGCCCCACCGGCGGGAAGCCACGACGCCGCCACGGGCGACGACGCCGCCGCCACCGGCGACGCGCACCGCACCAACGCGUGGAACGCGUGGCUCAACCAGAGAGCCGGCGCCCCGCAGGUGCUGCGCUCGCUCAGUGACAGGGUAGUGCACCUGACGGGGUUGCCACGGGCGCUGGUGGAGGCGGGCGAGCCCGUACAGGUGCACGUGCUGGCGGAGGGCGGGCACGAGCGCGCCCACCGCGACAGCGGUGCCACGGACGCGCGCACCGUGUGUGCCCACACGCGCAUGCUGGCGCAGCACCACCACACGGCGGAAACGCCAUGCCGCUAUGUCACGGUGCUGGUGUUUCUGAAUGACGUGGAGGAGGGCGGAGAGACGGCGUUUCCUGCCGCAGACAACCGGACCUUCGAUUCCUCGGACCUGGUGCGAGGCGACGUGGAUUUGAGCGACAUGCGUGCCCACUGCUCCCGCGCCAACCUGCGCGUCACCCCACACGCUGGCAGCGCUCUGCUGUGGUACAACCACCUGUCGGACGGCCGUGGCUGGGUGGGCGAGCUGGACGACUACUCUCUGCAGGGCGACUGCGCAGUCGUGCGCGGCGCCCGCUGGACCGCACGACUCUGGGUGAACGUCGACCCGGACGCCCAGCGCCAGUCCCGCCUGCUCGACCCCGCGUGGCCGGGUCAACGUGACCCCGUGCGACCCGCCCACCCUGACUCCGCGUGGCCCGGUCGGGAGCCCCAGCCCUGGGGCUCAGGCCAUGAUGAGGUUCCCCCCUCCUCCUCCGCUGCUGCUGCCCCCGAUGGUCGAUCGGAGCUGUGAGGACGCACAGAUGGAUUGAUGGAUGGUUGGCGACCUCAGACUGUGGAGUCGUUCUUUUCAUUUCGCCCAUGUGUCCACCGCUUGCGGAGGAGAAACGCUAUAUUCCAGAGCGUGGCUGUGAUAUUGGCUCGGCCACAGCCCUAUUUGUGUGACCAUGUGUCUGUGUGUGUAUGACUGCGUGUGUUUAUCUUAUGUUUAUUUUAUUUAUUAGUGCUUGUUCAUUUUUGUUGCUGUUGGUCAGUAGCAGUUGCCCUUGUGUGUGCAACCCGUGUUUGUCUCAGCGAAUUUAUGGGCCCUAGAAUGUGACUGAAAUUGUAGCGAGCAGCACCUGCGGGUCCUGGAAUGUGAAUGCUGCAGGGGUUGGCAUCACUUCACUUGGUCAUGACCGAGUGGGUGGCCUGGGCAAGGCCUAGUCUAGGCCUAGGCUAGGGCGAAGGCUAUUGCCAUAAAUAAUUAUGCCCUCUACCCAGAAGAGCCUCACUGAGUCGCCAGACUGAGUGAGGCUCUUCUGGGUCGUGUUCUGCUACAUUGGGAUCUUUGGCCAAUUAUGUUGGUGAAUGUCAUUUGGCGUUAAACCAGGAUAACCCGGAGAAAACCUCAUCACGUACGGGGAGAAACACUGAAUUCUCCACACAGAUGGAUUAUACAAUAUAUUCUGGCAUGUUCUGGCUGCACCUUGCAGUUCAAGCCUGCAGCACUUGCCUUUCGUGGCGUGUCUACCCCUACCAAGUACUAACCAGGCUUAAACCUGCUUAGCUGCUGAGGUCCGACUGUUACAGCCGUGUGCUGGGAUGGAGUCACUAUUCUAAAGAGUUGAAGUGACAGGUCCCCAAUUGUGUGUGCACAGUGUGUCACGCGUGUGCUUGUGUGGCGGUCAGCAGAGGCUUUUGGGAAGUCCUGAGCAUGUACGUGUCAACCCACUGCACCAUGAAGGGGGGGUGGAGCUACUCGACUAGGGGGUGGAGCUACCCAAGUAGUAGGCGGAGAUACCUGGGGGGGUGGAGCUACUCGACUAGGGAGUGGAGCUACCCAAGUAGUAGGCGGAGGUUCCUGGGUGGGGGUGGAGCUACCCGACUAGGAGGUGGAGCUACCCAAGUAGUAGGCGGAGAUACCUGGGUGGGGGGCAGGGCUAGUGAAUGAGUGAGGAUGUCUGUAAAACGUGGGUGGGGCUGACGAGAGAGAGGGAGGAGCUGACAGUUUACCACGUGUCACCGUAGAAUCAGGGGUGGGGAACCUUUUUUUCUGCCAAGGGCCAUUUGGAUAUAACAAUUCGCGGGCCAUACUAAAUUAUCAACUUAAAAAUUUGCCUGUUAUAUUUGGUCAAACAUUUAAUUAACUCGCC